AUGGCUAUUAUUGAAAAGCCAAAAGACUUGAUCGUCCGUAUCCGUCCUCCGUUUCCAGUAUAUUUUAACCAUUCCUGUAUCUUUCCAUUUGUGUACGGCGGCGUCAUCUACUACAACUGCAUCUCCGUCCGCAGUGAUUAUGCCUGGUGUUCUAUUGACAAGGUAUUCCAAGGCAGAUGGCGGUACUGUACCGCAGCAGAUCCCCCAAAGUGUACCUUCCCUUUCUUGUACAGAAAUAAACUCUUUGAUAGUUGCACCAAGGAAGGCUAUAUUUUGAGUCGCAGUUGGUGCUCACUGACAAAAGAUUACAGCCACGAUGGAAAAUGGAAACAAUGCUCUCCUUACAAUGUUUAGAUAAGUCUUGGUGUUCUUGAAGAGGCACAAGUUAUAGGAUUCACCUGCUGCCUCCCAAAAUACAUCCUUUCCCUGAUCAUUCUGACCAAUAAAUAUUUGCUCUCUCUUCCACGU